GAAGAGAGGGAGGGGCCCACGCUCAUUCGGAAGUGUCCAGCUCUCCUCCCGAUGCCAUAUGAGGCUGCCCUCAGCCCCAGCACGGAGCCCGUGGCCGCGGAGCCCCUGGAGAUGGCUUUGCUCAGCAGUGUCCUGGCAGCCUGUUCGUAUAUGUCAGAAAACCCUGAGCGAGCUGCUCUGUACUUCGUCUCUGGCGUGUGCAUCGGCCUGUUCCUGACCUUGGCCGCCUUAGUGAUGAGGAUAUCCUGCCACACUGACUGCAGGAGGGGUCCCCGGAGGAGGAGGAGGUGCUUGCGGGACCGUGAGAGCAGCACCGAUAGCAGCAGCGACAGUGAAGAUGGCAGCGAGGACACAGCCUCAGACCUGUCGGUGCGCAGGCACCGCCGCUUCGAGAGGACUUUGAACAAGAACGUGUUCACCUCUGCAGAGGAGCUGGAGCGCGCACAGCGGUUGGAGGAGCGCGAGCGCAUCAUCAGGGAAAUCUGGAUGAAUGGGCAGCCUGAGGUGCCCGGCACCCGGAGCCUAAACCGCUACUACUAGGGCACAGUGUGGACCCCAGAACAUCUGCAGGCCACCAGGAAGAGUGGGUUCUGCAGGCAGGGAUGGUGUGGAGAGAGCACGGGGCCAGCCUGCUUUCCCAAGGGCCUGAGGGUUUGCUUUAGACUCUUCUUACCUCUGGAGAAAUAGACAACCCAAGCAGCAGCAUCUGCCUAUCGUGCACUGACCCAACCUUUCCAGGUUUUGGAAUGAUGCUGAGGUUUCCUCUCCAGCCACGUGAUGGUGAUGUGACAAGCUGAAAAGAUGGGUGGUCCUUACUUUCUGGGUCGCUCAGAAGUUUGCACAGACUUACCACUGUGUUACUCCUUUACGAAAGGAAAACUUCUCACACCCGGAGAGCUGGGGGUGGGGGGGAGUAUCAGGGUAAACUUAACCCAGAAAAUGCAAUUUUCUAAAGGAUUCCCUGCAGUGGAAAUGGUUUUAAUGGCGAUAGCAUGAUCUAUGCUAAUUAUUUAAAGCUAAUUUUUAAAACAAACAAAUAUCUUGGUAACCUCUGCAUUUUAACUGACACCUCAGGGAUUAAAAAUCCUUUUUUUUAGUCUAGUUUCCACCUCAUUCAUGAAAAUGAAUAGAAUUUACUGUAUUGUGAGAUGUAUUGGUGACUUAGAUACAUCAAUAACCUCAAAGGAUAAAGGGUUUUAUUUUUCAGUAGUUUAUAAAUAUAUAUUGACAUGUGUAUUUGGAAAUACUGCAUAAAAACAGAAGCCCCAUGUCCUUCCAUUUUGGAGAGAAGAAAAGUCUCUCAUGACUUCAGAGACUCAUGAUAUUUAAAUAAUAUUUUCUCUAAAAGAAAGAAAGAAAGAAAAAAAAAAAAAACAACAGUUGGAAUUUCCAAGAAAAGAAUGGGAACCAGAGGUGAGGGUUAAAGCCAACAUUAAAAUGGUAUCUAAAAUAAACAUUCCAUGAAAAUCUC